UCCUGGACGGACCGGAAGUAAGAUAGGAUGUGCAGGCAGUGACAACUGCAAGCAAAAUAGCAAGACAUUCUAAUAAAAUAUUAGCCUGCCAUCACGCAGUAUAUUAAUAAGUGUCUGUAUAAACAUUGCUUUAGACAUGGAGCUGUGUGAAAUACUGUACAACAAAGCUGAAUACAUCGAAACGGCCUCUGGUAACAAGGUCAGCAGGCAGUCUGUUCUAUGUGGAAGCCAGAACAUCGUUCUCAAUGGCAAAACCAUUGUAAUGAAUGACUGUAUAAUUAGAGGGGAUCUCGCUAACGUCAGAGUUGGAAGGCAAUGUGUUAUCAAGAGCCGCAGUGUGAUCCGUCCCCCAUUCAAAAAGUUCAGCAAAGGUGUGGCCUUCUUCCCUUUGCACAUUGGAGACCACGUGUUCAUCGAGGAGGACUGCGUGGUCAACGCGGCGCAGAUCGGCUCCUACGUCCACAUAGGGAAAAACUGUGUCAUUGGGCGACGGUGUGUUCUGAAGGACUGCUGCAAGAUUCUGGACAACACGGUCCUCCCGCCCGAGACAGUGGUGCCGCCCUUCACAGUAUUCUCCGGCUGUCCAGGCCUGUUUUCAGGAGAGCUGCCAGAGUGCACACAGGAGCUCAUGAUCGAUGUCACCAAGAGCUACUACCAGAAGUUCCUCCCUCUCAGCCAGAUUUAAAAGCCUUCAGGACUCCGCUUUCUAUGGACCAAUGUAGAUUCUCCUGUUUGUUCAGUCCCAGCGCAUCACGGAGCCCGGAGUCCCCCCCUCCCCCCUCCGAGGGGGCCCCACCCACACAGCCCGAGGACCGUCAUGAGACCUGAAACUCGUCCCAUGACCGAUGAAGAAACGGGGACAUUUUCCUUUUACCAUCGACUGGUCUAACACGCCACUUUUAUUUAACGCUAGUAUUUAUUUCUCAUUUUGUGAAACACGUUUACUUCGUGGCCUUGUAAGUGUAAUAUUAACUCCUAGAACAGUCUCAUAUCUGAGCAACUGCAAAUAAACGCCUGUAUACAAACAGCUUACUGUUAUAGGAAGUCUGAAACACUGCUAAUACAUGUCCAGUAAAUUAAGAGAAAUUGUCUUCUUUUCUGUCUGUUUUCACAGCAUUCAAAUCAAAUCAAAGUUUAUUUGUCACAUACUCCAUCAUACAGGUACAAAGUGCAGUGAAAUGCUUCCCGCUAGCUCCAAGAUGUACUUAAAAUAUAUAAAAUUUAAGUGCAAACGCAAGACAAGACACUUCAUUACACUUUUGAAUAAAUGUUGCACGGAGUGUAUGGCAUCUCCAUGUAAUACAUUAAUAUGGAAUAAGGAGCACUAUGGUACCUUUCCAUCGGAAGAAUUUUGAUAGGCUAUUGGGUCAAUAUAAAAUCAAUAAAUGUCAACCAUAUCUGCUUA